CGUGCCACGGUGCUAGAAAGGCUGUAACUAACCUCUGCAAACAGACUAUCCAAACCAACCACCAAAUUCUCACUCUCUUUUCUCUCAGAAACAUGACUGCCAUUUUUCCUCUCAUUUUCGCCUCCACUUUCCUCGUAGCCACUGCUUCACUGCCACCGCCAUUACCCCCAGGCUGCACUGACGAACUCGUCGCUUUCUCCCCGUGCCUCGGCUACGUCUCCGUGAAGCCAAAUAACCGCACGGACACGGCUACCUCUCAGUGCUGCGACGCUUUCUCUAAGGCUUUCAAUUCCAGCGAUGGUAACUGCUUCUGUUACCUUAUGAGGCAGCCUCUCUUCUUUGGAUUCCCGCUGAACAAAUCAAGAGUGGUUUCUUUGCCUUUUAUUUGUUCCUCCGGAAAUGGCAGCUUGGCGAUGAAGGACAGAGGAUCUCUGGAAUCGAUUUGUUCAGGGUCGCCAGCAUUGCCCCCUCUCCAGAGUACAACGAGUUCAGUGGUUCCAAAACCCCAUGAUUCUGGUCCAGAUACUGUUGCGCCUUCUUCAACAAGCUCGCCAACGGAAAAUGCAGAAACUUCACCCACACCAUCAAGUUUGACAUCAGAACCUUUUGUCGAAUCUCCAGCAGAACCACAGCCAUUGCUUAAACCAACCAGCUGUUCAUCUGCAAUGAAAAAUAUUAUUAGCAACAUCAAAAGCUGGUUUCUUGCUGGAGCACUAACUUCCCUUGUUAUCUUUCUCUUUUCUAUUUUCUGAAUAGAGACCUGUGAUCUUUGACUCAUCUGCAAUGCUGCCAUGCCAUGUAAUUUCUACUUGAUGGUCUAUUGUUUUGUAAUGGCAAAUUUGUCAGACUAUAAUCUCUGAGUUGGCACCUGAUCUAUGUUUUCAAAAAAAAACCACAUUUUUUUC